AUGUGUCCGCACUGCCUGCGGUUUCUCCCCUACCACCACGAGAAGUUUAUCAAACUGCGUGCUUCAGGUGGAACAGGUGGAACUUUGCAGGCGGCAGAGACGGCGUUCCGUGCAGUGCGCCGUCAGUUCCGCGAGUGCCGGACGGUGGAGGAGCUGCUGACCGUGGGCGGCCGGCGGCAGCUGAGCCGAACCGAGUCGCUGCUGUGGCUGAUCUCAUUGGCGGAGCUAGCAACCACGCAGGCCGUGCCGCCGGAUGCUUUCACUGCGCACCCCUGUUACCAGGAGAUGGGGCGCCAAAUGACUAGCGGCCCUCAAAGCUCGGCGCCUCAUCAGCUGUUGGCGCCGGCACGCGCCCUCCUGCGGCUGGGCGUGUCGCCCGCCGAUCCCAUACUCGCCCUGCUCGUCAACGACCUCAUCUGGAGCCUGCGCAAGAUGACCAUGCGUCAGCUGGUGCAGGCGUUCUCGCUGGCACGCAGCCAGUUGGCCACCGGUGACAGCCGGCUGCAGCAGCUGCACAAGCUCAGCAUGGAGAUGAUUCAGCUGCGCUGGGUGGAGAUCACCGAGCCGCAGGACAUCUUGCCCAUACUGAAGCACAGCUUCCACGCGGCCCGCCAGCACGAGCCGGCGUCCGUGCGCGACUGCGUCCGUACACUGUUCGCCCUGCAGAAGCUCAGCUUCCCCGAUCAGGUGCUGCUGGAAAAGGUGGGCCGCGACCUGGUGACCCAGACGCCGGCCGUGGAGGAGGCCAGUCUGCUGGGGUCGGCCCUCACCGCCGCCGGCAUGCUGCACUGGCGACACCUCGAGUUUCUGGAGGCGGCUGCCGUCUGGUAUGAGAAGCAUGCCGACAGCGUGCGACCGCACGACGUCAUCUCCCUGAUCAUCACGCUGGCAACGGUCAACUUUUGUCCGUCCAACGCGGACGCCCUGCUGCCGGUGCGUAGUCGGUUUGCGAAGACGGGAGACAGUGCCGCUACCGCUGCCAAGGGCAGCGUCACAUGA